AUGUCCAUGUCAUCCUUACAAACACCGACGAUCACGUCCAGUGGGGAGCUGUAUCUCCUCAAUGGCUACACCGGUGGUGAGCUCCAUCCGAUGCCUUUCUUCUUGAACAAGAACCUCCGCGUCAUCUCCGCGAACCUCGACCGCGCCUUCGUGGCGGUCGAGCCGACGGUCUGGACCAGCGCAGACGAGGACGCGCGGCCGCCCUGCUCGGUCUACUGCUUCCACGCUGAGUCCAGCGAGCCGGAGUACUGCCCAGAGUUCGAGUCGAUCCAGGGCGCCAUCCGACAAAUUGCAUUUGGCCAUAGCCAUAUGCUGGUUUUGACCACAGACGGUACCCUGUAUAGCCGCGGUGCAGCCACCUACGGCUCCACUGGGCAUGGCGGGGCUCGGGAUGUGACGGAAUUCACAGAGAUUCCUGCCCUUCGCGGUCGGAAGGUGACGUUCAUGGCCGCUGGCCCCUACUACUCCAUCGCUGUGACCUCCGAGGGGGAUGUCUACUCCUGGGGCAAGGCCUUCUACGGCGAGACUGGCUUGUUCACGCAGGUGGAGGCCGUUCCGCGCUUUGCGCCGUCUGUCACGCCGUUCAAGGUCACGGAGAUUAGCUGCGGGCACUCGCACGUGGUGGCGCGCACGGAGAUGCAGCAGUGCAUCACCUGGGGUGAGAAUACCUGCGGCCAGCUAGGUCUCGGCCAGAAGUCCAAGCCCACGUACAAGCCGCAGCUUCUGACCAGCAUACCUUCGCAGGUGGCUGCCGUUGCUGCGGGCUGGGCCCACUCUUUGGCUGUCGGCACAGAUGGCCGUGCCUACUCGUGGGGCUUGAAUUCCCAUGGGCAGCUGGGUGUGGGUGACACCACUACGAGGAUGGCUCCGCACCUGCUGCACGACUUGGUUGGGGUCUACGAGGUCCUGUCGUGCCAGGCUGCUCGGGCCUUCUCCCUCUUCCGCACAGCCUCACACCGGGCACUGAUGUGCGGGCAGAUCCCGCCGCACCCCGCGGGCGAGCCCAUGGACUUUGCACCACAUCGCCCAGGGCACCAUGACCCUGCGGGCUGCAUGUUGGCACCUGUGGCACUCAGCUUGACGACGGGAGAGCAGCACAUCCGGAGCAUGGCAGAGCUCUCCGAAAUUGUGGCUUUCGACAAAGGUGCCAUCGCCUUCGCCCGAAGCACCGUCUACAAGGUGACGCCCAACGUGGCGCCCAUUGGCGGUGGGACGAAGAUCCGGGCCUUCGUCACGGGGCUGCCCUACGACCCGCCGACGGUCAAGACUUCCACCGGCUCCAUGUCGUCUACCUUCAUGGUUCAGAAUACCAUGAACGUGCAGGUCAGACUGAGAUCACAGUCCCCAAUCUGCGACCUCAUUGUCAAGGGAACCGUGGUCGACAAGGAUGUUGUGGAGUUUGAGACGCCCGAUGCCUCGCCGUCGCCACUAGGCGCCGUGGUGGAGCAGGGCACCACGCUGCCGGUGCAGGUGCGGGUCUCCACCGAUGGCGGCUUCACCUGGACGCCGGACCGCUUCACGCACCCUGCCAACGAAGUGGAGCAGACCCUGCGGCACAUGCCCUCCGAGCAGAAGGUCGGUUACGGCUUGGCGCAAGGUCCGAAGGACAUCCAGAAGAGCCUGAAAGAGUUCAAGGGAGACUUCCAGGCAAUGAGCUUGGGCUUAGAGAGGUAUACAUGGUAA